CACAGCCGCCACGGACGCUUCGUCACCAUGACCCGACUGCACGCAGCUACGUCGCGGCGCCUGUGCCUGGCGUCGGCCAUCGCCUUGAUGCUGGUGGGUGUCUUCGGCAGCGCCGACGCGCGGGCGGCGUCACCGUGGAGUCUGGAGCGGCAGAGCGUCGCGACGCCAUCCAGCAGUAGGGCACAAGAAGACUACUUGCUGCCCACGGACACCCGGCCCACCGCCUACGCCGUCACGCUGUCUGUGCACCUGGGCGAGGAGGAGGGCAACCAGUUCGCCUUCCAGGGAAACGUCAGGAUCGACGUUUCCGUGGAAGAAAACACGAACACCAUCAUUCUGCACAACGACGGGUUGGAGAUCACCACCCUGACUGUGAAGACCUCUGGCGACGACGUCCAGCACAUCGACAGCACGUACGAGGACUCUGGCGACGACAAGCAGUUUCUUUAUAUCAGGCUGGCAGAAGAGGUGGCAGCCGGCACCCAGCUGGUGGUGGAGAUCAGCUACGAGGGGGAGCUGUGGAACGACAUGUACGGCUUCUACCGCAGCUACUACAUCGAGGACGGCGUCACCAAGUGGCUCGGGACAACGCAGUUCCAGCCGACAUAUGCCCGGCGCGCUUUCCCCUGCUACGACGAGCCCGCCAUCAAGGCGCCUUUCACCUUCAGUUUCAGCGUCCCCUCCGGCUACAAUGUGCUCUUCAACACCCGGUUGAAUUCUACCAUGGAGGACGCCAUCGUGGGCAGGAAGUACCUGGUGUUCCAGCCGACGCCCCCCAUGAGCAGCUACCUCGUCGCCUUCAUCGUGUCGCAGUUCACAGAGGUGGCGGACGAGCUGGGCGGCGUCUGGGCCAGGCAGCAGGUGGUUCAGGACGGGCAGUACGCGGCCAGCGUCACCAAGCCCAUCAUCGCCACCAUGGAGCGGCUGGUCGACGUCUCCUACGAGACGGAAACCAUCGACAAGCUGGACAACGUGGCCAUCCCGGACUUCAGCGCCGGCGCCAUGGAGAACUGGGGCCUCGCCACAUACAGGGAGCGGCUGAUCCUGUGGGCGGACCAGGUGUCCGACGAGUACGACAAGCAGAGAAUCGCGACGGUGAUCGCACACGAGCUGGCGCACCAGUGGUUCGGCGACCUGGUCAGCCCGCGCUGGUGGGACGUCAUCUGGAUCAACGAGGGCUUCGCCACAUUCUUCGAGUACUUCGCGACGCAAGAGGUGGAGACCGACUGGAAGCUGGACGAGCAGUUUGUGGUGAUGUACGUGCACACCGGCCUCUCGUCUGACUCCUCCAGCUCUUCACAGGCACUCACCGCUCCUGCGGGCAGCCCAUCUGAGGUGAUGGCCCGCUUCAACAACAUCGCCUACAACAAGGGUGGCUCAGUGAUCCGUAUGAUGCAGCACGCCUUGGGAACAGAUGUGUUCUACGAUGGACUUAGUCGCUAUCUCAAGGCAAACGCCUUGAGCGAGGGUUCAGACGAGCUCCUGCUGGCCGGCCUGGAGGAGGCGCUGUCGGAAGCCGACCCCCAGCCUCUGCUGCCCGACGGCAAGACCUUCAGCGAGGCUCUGAGGCCGUGGAUAAACACGGCGGGCUACCCACUCGUCAACGUCACCAGGGACUACGAUACAGGGACCGUCACUGUGACACAGACCCGCUUCCUGUUAACGGAGGGGGCGGAGCCCGACUUGAGCUCGUGGGACGUUCCGCUGACGUUCACCACUGGCCAGGAGGGGGACUUCAGCAGCACGGCGACGCGCCAAUGGCUGCCGGCCGACGUGGGGGAGGCGCAGCUCGCUGUUACGGUAGCGGCCGAUGACUGGCUCCUCGUCAACAUACAGGAAGUCGGCUUCUACCGCGUCAACUACGACACGGACAACUGGGCGCUGCUGGCGGCGCAGCUGCAGACCGACCACUCGGCCAUCGGCGUGGUGAACCGCGCCCAGAUCCUGGACGACGCCUUCCAGCUGGCCCGCGCCGGCCUGCUGGACUACAGCGUCGCGCUGGACAACACCGCCUACCUGGUCGCCGAGCAGGAGUACGUGCCGUGGUACAGCGCGCUCACCGCCCUCUCCUACCUGGACACCAGGCUCCAGCAGUCCGAGGAGCAGCCGCUGCUGCAGACCUACCUGAGGACCAUCCUGGCUGACAUCUCGGCGCAGCUGGGCUACGCGGAGACGGCCGACGACUCUCACGUGGACCGCAUCCACAGGAAGCUGGUGUCCAGGUGGCAGUGCGCCGCCGGGGCCGCCGGCUGCCUGGAGUUCUCCAGCCAGGAGCUGGCCAAGCUCAUCGCGGACAAGAACUACCUGGUGGGCCCGGACAUGAAGAGCGUGGUGUACUGCUACGGCCUGCAGCAGGCGGAGGGCCGGCAGGCGUGGGACUCCCUGUGGGCGCGCUACUCCAGCACGCAGACGGCCACCGAGCAGUCCACCAUCCUGGCGGCGCUCGGCUGCACCACCGACGCCCAGCUGCUGGACGAGUACCUCACCAAGACCAUCACGAACGACUCCGGCAUCAGGAGCCAGGACUCGUCCACCGUCUUCUCCUCCACCUUCGGCACGCCACAGGGCAUCCAGGCUGCGCUCAACUUCCUCAGCCAGAACUUCGACGCCAUCAGGCAGUAUUACGGCGGCUUCAACAUUAUCAGCUCCGUUGUCACUGGUAUUGCGGCAAGGUUGACCACGGAAGAGCAGCUUAAUGAGCUCACCAGUUUUGUUAAUGACAAUGAAGCAAACUUCGACUCAGCAACACUGCAGGUCGUGCAAGCGUCUCUAACUGCAGCCCAGGCAAACAUGGACUGGACGGAUAAACAUCGUGAUAGUAUCCGCGUCUGGCUGCAGACGUAUAUCGAGAACCAGCCGGAACCAACUGGACAGACAGAACCAACUGGAGUGACAGAACCAACUGGAGAGACAGAACCAACUGGAGAGACAGAACCAACUGGAGAGACAGGACCAACUGGAGAGCCAGACACUACUACCCCAAACUCAAAUAGUAGUGCAUGUUCGUCAUCAUCAUUCAUUUUAGUUGCAGCAACUUUAGGUUUAUUACUCUCGCAGUUUACUGCGUGAAUACUGAACUGUUUCUGACUAUGUUUGUCCAACUUCGUAUUAAUUACGGUCAUAGUGUCGCUUUGUGCUGUGGUGAAAACAGUUACUUCUUUAAGUUGAUGUUACUAGAGUUUGCACAUAUAA